CUGGUCGGAGAAAAAAGUUAUGGGAAGGAGAAAAGUGGAGAUCAAACGAAUUGAGGACAAAAGCAGUCGACAAGUUACUUUCUGUAAACGACGCAAUGGUCUCAUAGAGAAAGCUCGCCAGCUGUCAGUUCUCUGUGGAUCCUCGGUUGCUGUUCUCAUCGUUUCCUCUAUAGGGAAAGUCUAUAGCUCUUCAUCCGGCGAUAGCAUGGCCAAGAUUCUCAAGCAUUACGAAGUACAACAUGCUGAUAAGCUUAAAACCUUGUGCCUUAACAUUGUAAAGACGGACCAGCACAGAGGUACUUUGUUUUUCACUGCAGUUAUUGCACUAGAAACUCUACGACAAGUUUCUAAACUUGAUCUCACAGAAAAAACUCAGAAUUACCUUUCACUCAAUGAGUUACUAGAAACAGUCCAACGCAAGCUUGAAGCAGCUAACGUUGAUAACAUAACCGUACAGUCUCUAAUAUCUCUGGAAGAGCAGUCCAAGACUGCUUUGUCUUUAACUAGAGCUAGGAAGACAGAACUAAUGAUGCAGCUUGUAAAAAGUUUUCAAGAAAAGGAGAAGCUGUUGAGAGACGAGAACACGGUUUUGGCUAGCCAGGUUGCAAAGAUGGGGAAGGAGAAGGAGUUUCUGGAGACAGAGGAUGAAAGAGCAAUGUUACUGGAAUAUAGCUCCGGCAGUAACCUACGGGAGACUCUUCCGCUUCUCAAGUAA